UGGUACAUUGGUGCUGCAUUUGUGGCCACUACUGUAUGCUCAUAUGUUCCAACAAUGACAUUUCGUCAUAUACUCGGAAGAGUAAAUUUGUUUACAAAUUAAAAAUGAAAAAGAACUUACAAUUGGCGGCUUAAAAAUGCGGUUUCCUAUUACAAUAGCGUCGCCAAAGACAAAAUGCAACGUUUUAAAGAAAAUCGUAGAUUAAGAAAAGAUGUACGUAAAAAACUGAACCAUGAUUUUAAUUUAUUUACAGACAAAUCACCGAAAAUGUCAGAUUGGAUUGAUGAAGAGGAUGGUUGUGGUUUUGGUAAUGGCAGCUCCCAAUAUAAAGAUAAUGUCGAUGAGUACGUAGAUGAUGGCGAAAAUGACUACGCGGAACAUGAAAACACUGACGACGGGAAUAGAGGUUUCGAAAACAGACGUGGUAGGGGCGGAGGACGAGGUCGUGGCGGGCGAGGCCAUGGUGGUAGUUAUGGCGGUGGCCAUCGUAACUUUGGCGAUAAUGAGGAUAAUGCCCAACGAACUGAAUUCCAGUCGCCAGCACAGAAUUUUGUGCCCAAAAACUUUACGAAAGCUACUAUUCAAGAAUUCUUACCCGAAGUCCCCGGCCGCAUACAGAGGAUAAACAAUCGUAAUGAACUCUAUUGCAUAGCCAAAUAUCUGUUGGAAGCGUAUACAGUUUGCUUGUCUACCGAAAUGAUUAGAAAUAACACUUCUUCAGUUAAUGCAUUCACAGAGUCGUUGGUGGCAAGAAAUGGCUAUAAUAAAGAAAUGCAACAAGAAAAAUUUGAUAUUGAUCGAGAAAAUUUUAAUGUGAUUGAAGGUGUUGAAGUUGACAAUACAGCAAACGAAAAUAUAGAAAUGUUGGAUUUGAUUGGCGGCAAAAGAAAAGCAGACUAUGGAAUGCAACUUCCUAAAAGCAUCGACUUAGCAACCGCAAACCAAUCUAAACUAUCCGAUUUACCAGACUUAUUCAAAGAUGUAAUGCCUUCCACAAAAGUGCAGCUACAGACGCCCACUUCGACUACUCUUAAAACAGCCAGACAAAUUCCGAGAACUGUUCGUGGCGUUAGCCAUCGGAAUCAUGUAGUAGGAAUUGCAAGUCUUGAACUUAUACCUGAUAUGGUUGGUGCACAUAUAACAGAGCGAGAAUAUGCCUUGAGACAACCCUUACCUAAGCGUAAUUCUUUAAGAAUUGUUCCCGAACAUCAGACAAUCACUAAUAAUAUGCGCGAAAUGGCAUAUAAUUUCUUUCCAUUAGAAUAUAUGUGGACAAGUGCUGCUUCACCUUGUGUGGCGGAAGAAAUGCCUCAAAUUCCACCACUUGCCGAAGAUCAAUCGCAGCUAAACGAGGGUAGUGCUAUGACAUCUGCAAGUAUCAAUGUAGCGCGCCAACAUGUGGCGUCGACUUCUUCUACAAUGCAAUUGGUACAGCCACAUUCGGAAGGACCAUCAUUGCAAGGUUUCGGUGAACAAUUUGAUACAAUCGAGCAGAUUAGAAAUUAUUUACCAACACAUACAGAAACUAACGGUCAGCAGGAACGAAGUGGCAUUUUGCCUGAAUCAACGACUGGCAGUGUAUUUUUCACACCGUAUCCGCAAGCAAUGCCCGCAGGUAUAUCAUCACUAUCGGAUGAAGAACAAUUAAAAAAUGCUCAUGCAAUUCAGCACAUUUCGGGCCAUUCUCUUGUCCGCCGCACAGAGACAUCAACCUACAGAACUGGAACAUUACCUUCGAUACAUGAAGAGGCAUUUCAUCGAACAUUAUUAAGGAGAACUUUUCGCAAUAGCGAACUCUCUUCAACACCGUUACGUCCCACAGAUAGUGUAGCAAUAUUACCACAUUUCAAAAAUUACCCAACUGAGGGCAGCACGGAGCUCACCAGUGCUGAUAAUAUACGAAGCACAGAAGCCGGCCGCCAAAUGCAGAUGGAAACUGAAGGUCUGACAGAAGCUUUUGAUUCAGUUGAACAGACAACUGCAACUCAACAAUUACAACAUCAAACAGCUGUUGAAAUAAAAACAGAAGACAUAGUUAUGUCAGCCGAACCAUUACACUUGGUCCAAACUUCCCAGCAGUCAGAGGGUUUUAAUGAACCUAGGAAUUGGUUGGAAAUACUACGUGAACGGCAAGUGGACUUACGAUAUAAUAAUUGUGGAGCCUUACCAAAACGACGCAGAAGAUGUUACAAAAAGCGAGCACCACCGACGGAUCCAAAUUUAACCCGCACAGUUGAUCAUCACGUGGGUGUUCAAAAUGAUAUCACUGAAGUACUUCAAGCUUUGACACCAUUGCCUACCCAAUUACCAGAGCAACAAGUAACUGCUGUGGACUUAACACUAACACGUAAUUUGCAUAACAUUGAGGAAACACAAUCGGCGGUUAUACAGCAGCCAUCGUAUGAACAAUUUAUAUAUGAGCAUAUCGAAUCGAUCUCCACAAUCAUGGAUAGUCUAGCUGAAUGGCAAAGUAUGUUAAAAGCUUGCAAUCGGAAUAGUGAACAAAACGCAGCAACAGCAUUACUGCCAGCACAUUAUGCCUAUGAUGUGGAGACGCUGCUCAAUGCUGAUAUAGAACGCUUGCAGCUAAAAAUGAAUAUAUUACAAGCGAUCAUACGCAAUGUGUCUUUCAACAUGAUGAAGAGUCGUUUAUUGAAGAACAGACGCCUUGCUGCGUUUGCUUUCAAUUUCUUAAUAGAACUCGAAUCAGCCGGAAUAAUACGAAUAAAAGAGAAUGGACAUUGGGUGGGAUUAAUUUAACUUUUUGAGCUCAUAGAGCUCAAAAUAUUUUUUAAUACAUCUUUUAAAGAUAAUAAUUCUGUUAUUUGUUAUGAUAAAUGCUCGCGAUACUGGAGAACCAAUAUAUAAAUACCUUUCUUUCCAACACCAUUUCUGUUAAGUGAUUAUUUCCGUUCAGAUAAUCCUGGUGAGUAUCCUUUCGCUGGUUUAAAUUUUCGGUCCUUAUAGUAAUGGCAACGGGAAUUCGUUUUUUUUUAAUCAGAAAUAAUUUAUAUCAAGUUAAAUACAUUACAAAAAUAUAUUUGUUUUGUCCCAUUUUUACCAUUUUGAAUGGGCUACAUAAGUAAAACAAAAUUUGGUAGCACUAACGCAAGUGGCGAUAGAAUUUUUCACGAGGUAUCCCCAUACUCUCUUGCCCGAAUUCAACUGGAUAACUUUGUUGUUGGUUUCAGAUGUAAAAUUUUUGACAAGCGGACAGAGAAGUGACCAAUCGAAUACAGCUAAUAUUGGUAUAAGGUAGCUAUUUUCGAAUUUGAGACAUCCAUCAAAAUCAUGGAUAGAGUUUAUUAUUUCAAUGGUGAAAUUUCGUCCAAAUGUAUGCUUCUAGUACUGAUAUAUUAAAAAAUCAUGUAAUCAAGUUCUACCUAAAAUACCUAUUAAUACACGUACAUACAGUGCCGGACAAAAAAAAAUAAGAAAGUUCCUGUUAAGAACAGAAAUCUACAAAAAAAUAUCUACCCUAACCAAUGAAAAAUUCAAACAAUAUGUAUUAUUAUCUGUUCAUUUAGUAAGAUUAAUUUUUACUAAAUAUAAAAUAAAAACAUUUCUUUGUAAAAAAAUACUAUUAAAUCACAUGCUGAUUUAUAUUGGGAGAGGACAAAAAAUAAUAACUAAAUAUUAUUUAAACGGAAGGUAAAACAGCGUGUAUAUUCAAGUAUUUUGUAGCCUGGGAUAUGGAAUACCAUGGUUCUUGGAAGUUUCUUCACAGUUCUUACAUGUUUUUUUUUUUUACUUGAUGCUUACUAUCUUAUCUUUAACAAUUCUACACAAGUUCUCUAUUGGAAAAAGGUCCGGAAAAUGGAAGGUCCAGAUUAAAAUAUCUAUUUCCACAUUAUAGGCAUAUUUCAUUCUGCAAAUGGGAGCAUGACUUGCUAACUUGAGUAUGUGGAUGUAAAUAAAAUUAUCCACCUUUUAUUUUAACUACUACAGAGGAUCCAUACAGUAGCAGAAGACACAUUCCUUUACCAUGAUACUUUUACUUCCGUGUUUAGAAGUUGUUGCUAUAUAUUUAGCGUUAAAUUUUGCAUUUUUUUAACUUGCAGAUUUGUAAAGAUUUUUUUUAUAAAAGUGCUUGGUGAACAAUUGUUAAAGGUCUUCCAAUAAAUCUUGCAAUUUUCCAAAUACUUUCUGACUGACUGACUUUCCUUUUCCAGUUUUUUUUUUUUUUACUGUUUCCCGCUCUUCCGUGAAGUUAUGCAUCGCAGUUAAUCUUUUCAAUUAAAUGAAAGUUGUUUUGGUUUAUCUCUAUUAGUGCUAACCCAAAACUACGGAUUUGAUCUUCUGUUCUUAUUUCAUUGCCCAACUUCACAUGCUGCACAUUGACAAUAGUCGGGAAUUCCAAAAAAAAAAACGAUUUUGCUGUUAAACAUAUAUUUUGAGUAUGAUAUGCCACUUUAUCCUCAAACAAAACAGCUUAAUAAAAACUAUGUCGUUCAAAAAAUAGUUUUCAAUCGAAUAUUACUGGUUCUUAUUUUUAUAUAUGUUGUGUUGUAUAUAGUAAGACGUGUGAUAUAUAAUUUUAGCAAAAUCACACAUCCAUUAAUGUUCACAAUUUGUUGGAAGGAUUUGAACACGUGUGAGAUUACAACCGUUAAAGUAAUUUUAUUGAAAAUAAUUUGUUUUCUCUUAAAUUGAAAUCGAUUUAUCUAUCACCAAGUGAAUUGCCAUCCUAUAAGUAUUAAUGGAAAUAAUAUCAUUCACUAAUUCAAAUUCUAGUUAGGAAAAAGUUAAGUUUUUUGUUUUAAUUUUUUAGAAAAAGUUGUUUUUUUUUUGUUUCAUUGCCACAAUAUAUUAUUGUUUUAGUGAAACAAAUUUGUUAAAAUUAUGUUUUAUGACACAAAAUAUAUAU